AUGAGUGUUGUAAUAUUAGGCGCGACUGGUAACGUCGGCCGUCACAUCGUGCAGGCAUUGCUCGACCUGGGCGGGAGCCUCGUGACCCAAAUCGUAGCUUGCACUAGACAGCCCCUUUCCGGGCCUGCCAUGGCCCUCAAAGUUGCUGCAAAUUCCUCACGCACAAGAUUAUGCCUGGCCAAGGUGGACAUGAUGACCUCCGACGUGGACUCCCUCGCCGCGAUCCUCUCCGGGCACGAGGUGGUGGUCCUGGUCAUGGCCCAAGGUCUCUCGCCCGAGGAGAUGGUUGGCUGCCAAAAGGAAGUGGCUGAAGCGCUGUCGCGAGGGAUGGACAAGCACGAGAAGCAGCCCUCCGGAAAUCCGCCUCUCUUGGUGAAGUUGUCGUCCUACGGCAUCGAUGGGCCGCUGUCUCAAGGCCCUUUGGGGGAUGCACAUCGAAGGGGGGAAGAUCUCUUCCGGAGCAAGAACCUCCCGUUCGUCUCGCUCCGCCCCACUUCCUUCUUUUCCAACUUCGAGGCUUACGACUGGCCGUCCUUGCGGGCCGGGGGCCGCGUGAUCAGGAGUCCCUUGGGCCCUCACGCGCGCGUCAAUUGGGUAGCGUGUCAAGACAUCGGGCGGGUGGCUGCGGCGGUGAUCCAGGAGCAUCUGGAAACAUUGGGCAAUGGACGCCAGGCAUCUUUACCAGUCUUUCGGAAGGUGGACGUGGUAGGGCCCGAGGGCAACACGCUGAGCGCGCCGGAGGUGUGCCGCGUGGUGGGGGAGUGCCUGAAAAAAGAAGGCACGGGCCCCGGGGAUGUUGAGCGGGAGGUGCGCUACGAAGAGACACCCUUACCGACGACGGAGGCCUAUCGAGGUCUGUGGACCUUUUUGAGAGCGGGCGGCUUUGACGUGGCGGAUGGCCCGGGGAGCGAGAGCGGACGGCUGCUGGGAGGGAAGGCGAUGACGGGGUUCCGCGACUAUAUCGAGGGCCUGGUGGAGGGGAUGGGCGAGGCAGAGACACGGGGCCUCCCGCUGAAUUGA